UCAAAAUCGGCUUUGUAUCUAUCGGGAUUUGCAGUGAAUACACAUCUAUUUCUGCUUAAACGUCGCAGCGCUUUAUUUUAUGUGUUGUCAAAUGUGAGUGUGGUUGCCACUGGAAAGAACAUAGAACGCCCAGAUGCAGGUCUAGCUAUUGACCGCUUUGCCAAGGGCUUGUCAAAAGAGCUUUCUCGAGUCCGCCGUUCGCCACAACAAAUCAAGGGGAGUCGGAACACAAAUACGAACGCAAAACACUGACUUCACCCAGACAUCACUGUUCAUUUUAAGGUGACGGUUUCGUUUGUUUAACAGAUUCCAUCAAACAAAUCCCUUGACUACAUGCUUGUCUGAUGUCAGCUGAGGAGCUAUUGACUUAAUAGAAGUUAUUCCUCUCGACUAAUAUGGAGUUAAUGCGGAACAAGCUGAACAAAUUCCUCGCAAGAACACCUCUACGACCCGCACCAGAUCUGGAUAAUCCAUUUUGUGGUGAAGACAGGACCCUGCCAGAGGGAAAGGAAUACCAUAUAUAUUUCGCCUUCCAUAGGGAAGAUUUGGCAUUUGUUAAAGGCAGAGUGGAAGCUCUUGAAAGCUCACCAUAUAACUUGAAAUGUUGCAUAGCCCUCCGCGAUUUCACCCCAGGUGUGCUUAUUCACGAAAAUAUCAUUGGCUGCAUGGAUAAGAGCCUAGUUGUUGCCAUAGUUCUAUCCCCAGACUACAUCACCGAUGAAUGGGGAAAAUUUGAGAUAAAUUCUGCCGUUUCUUUGAGCGUCACGAACGGACUGCGGGUCGUUUCCACAGUUAAUAAAUUUUGUAGUAUACCGCAAAACCUGAUAAAUGUGAUCUGCAUUGAAGAGACGAGAGCGGAAAUGAUUGACUACAAAAUCGCAGAGGCUGUCUUCCAUAAAGAGAACUUUCCCGGUUUAAAACGAAGAAACACCCGCUACAAUGCCAGUUUUGCUGAGAGAGAUUCGAGCGAGAGAAAAAGUUUAACUGCACAGGUGAUCAGGCUGAAUGAAGCUAAUUCAUUCUUGGAAAGGUCCGUUGCUACUCUGACGGACGAGAAAUCCAAACUUGAGGAAACAGUGAACCUUUUGCAACAAAAAAGUGACCACGUCAUUGCCACAAAGACGGGCACGGAAAACAAAGAUCUGGUCAUGAAGUAUGACGAGCUCCAGGUUGAAUAUGGUGAAACUUUAGACGAGAAACAUCGCCUGGAACAAAGGUAUGACGAGCUCCAGGUCGAAUAUGGUGAAACUUUAGACGAGAAACAUCGCCUGGAACAUUGGUGCAACGAGUUGCAAGCCAAAUGUGAGGAAUAUUUAUCCCAGAGAAACAGACAAGACCAUCAGCUGAAGCAACUGACGGAAUCCGAGUCAGAUUUACAACACAAACAUGCCACACUCAUAAAAACAUUCCAGGGAAAAGCCGAGGAAAUCUCGUUUCUGUGGGAGAAGAUUAGAUGUCAGGAGAGCUGUCUAGUGGAAAAGACACAACGUAUUCUAACACUGGAGACAUGUUUAAAAAGUGUCAGAGAAACAGCAAAGAAAGCGGACGAGAUCUGCACACGUUUGGAACCACUUCAAGCCAUUCCUGGGAUAGUUGCAUCACACUGUGAAGCACUAAGGUUUCAGAUCACGGACACAGAAGGGAAAGUUCUGGAAAAGAUGAACGCCUUGUUAAACGCCUGGACCAAAUUUCGAGAACAAGACACUUCCAAUGAAAUCGAGGAUGAUGCGAACAGUUUUGGUGGAGAAAACAUUCCCACCCACCUUAAGUCUUGUGUUCAGCUGCUGAGGGAUACAGUGGGACCAAACUGGCUGGAUGUAGGCCGUAUUCUUGGCCUAGACGGAGAUCAGUUGGAGAGGAUAUGGGUGGACUGGGGACAGUACGGAAUGCGGGAACUGACCGAACGGGUGAUAGAAUGCUGGUGCACGAACUGCCCUGAAUCAGAGAACGGCUUGAAUGUGCUCAACGAUGCUAUGGCUAAACUGGAAAUAAAUCCACUCAUGAUGCAGCCCAUGGAUGAAGCCGACAAGAAGAGACUGAGGGAAAACUACCAGCUUUUGGUUGAUGAUAUGAUGGACGUCACCCACAUAGAGGGUUAUCUUCGUCGAGCAGAAAUUCUGUCAGGCUCAGCGCUCGACUACGUUCUCUACCCCAAUACACGUCACAAGCGAAUCAAGAGACUGCUCAAGACCUUACCAUUCUGUGGGAGCCGGGCGCUGUCUGAGUUUAAGAACGCGUUGAUGGAGACUGGCCAGUCUCAUCUUACCUUAGCACUCGCAGGUGAGCAAUGCUCUGCUUCAAAGACCGAUUCAGAUGUCCUUGUGGAAUGCCUCGCAUCGAACAAGAACAGCAAUCCGAACAAUUCAAAGGGUUCCCUUGUCGAAUGUCUCAAAGCCAAGAAGAGUGAUGAUCGUAAAAUUUUCGAGAACAUCGUUGAAGAAAGUCCCCAAGCCGAGAAGAGUGAUGAUGGUAAAAUUUUCGAGAACAUCAUUGACGAACGUCUUGAAGCCAAGAAGUGUGAGGAUCGUAAAGUUUUAGAGAAGAUCCUACUCCAGUGUUUUGAAGCCAAGAAGAGUGACGAUCGCAAAUUAUUCGAGAGCAUCCUUGAUGAACGUCUUGAAGUCAAGAGGAGUGCCGAUCGUGAAAUGUUUGGAAUGGUCCUAGGGGAACUUCUGGAAACCAGGAAGAUUGACGAUCGUAAAGUAUUAGAGAGCUUCCUUACUGAACUUCUCGAAACCAAGAAGAUUGACGAUCGUAAAGUACUAGAGAAUUUCCUUACCGACCUUCUCGAAACCAAGAAGAUUGACGAUCGUAAAGUACAAGAGAGCUUCCUUAUUGAACUUCUCGAAACCAAGAAGAUUGACGAUCGUAAAGUACAAGAGAGCUUCCUUAUUGAACUUCUCGAAACCAAGAAGAUUGACGAUCGUAAAGUACUAGAGAAUUUCCUUACCGACCUUCUCGAAACCAAGAAGAUUGACGAUCGUAAAGUACAAGAGAGCUUCCUUAUUGAACUUCUCGAAACCAAGAAGAGUGAUGAUCGUAGAAGUUUGGAGAGGAUCGAUGAAAUAUUGGAACCAAGUGUACGAGCAUCUGCAGAGAUUAAACAAAUCAUAUACAUGCUCAAUGAAAAAUAUGAAAAAUGCAUGUUUUAUCAGCAGACUGAAACCUCAGCAAUUUGUCCACCAAACAUGUCACAAAACCAAUGAUACAAAACUUACGGUCUCAUCUUCUAAAAAUCGUCGCGGUUUAUUCUGCAACCAAAUAUUGUUCAAAUUUUACUGUGAAAGGAAUUUCGGCAAAAUGUAAAUAUGUACAAACCAGCAAGACAGUGAACUGAUUCGCAAUAAAACGUGCACCCCAGGCGUGGAUGUGGGUCUCCAGUGCCUCGAUCACCAAAGGUCUUCCAGCUGGAUUGACAGAAGUCCCUGAAUACGCUUUAAAGCAAUGUAGCAGUUCACCAAAUGAGCCAUCAGUGAAAGUCGCCGAACAGGCCUCGAGCACGAAGAUGGAACUAGUUUUUAUUGCUUUUACUACUAGGUACAUUUUAAUUACCACUCCAGCGUAUAUAGUUGUGUGAAAAAAUAAUAGUGUUACUGCAGUUUUUAGGACAUGCUUCAUUAGUUUUCUUAGACUAGAUCUGUGUGCAAUGUUUGCUGUGAAGAAUGAGUAUUUGUUAGCUGACAAACGAUUAACAAAGAUCGACUCAAUCUUUGUUAAUCGUUUAGUUGUAUUAUGUUUAUGAUCUUGCAGUCAGUUGCUUUAAACUUAACCUUAUGGCUUCAUGAGGAGAUAAAGCUUUGUCCAUUUUGAAGUAUGUGUUAUAUGUAUUCUCAGAUUGCAAAAUAUCUUUCGGCGUUAUUUUAUGAUUUUGAAAAAUGGAUUGUUCUCAUUAUGGUUUUUAUUUCAUUAGACACAAAUGCAGAAUUUUUAAGAAGGCGGUGAUAUAGACAAUAGCCUUGUGUCAUCCACAUCGUGUAAUGUUCACUCGGAUUACUAUUGGGUAUAAACUAGCGUUAAAUGUUGGUUAUCCUAGCUUGUUGAUGGUGACAACAUAGGUUAUCCUAGCGUGUUGAUGGUGACAGCAUUGGUUAUCCUAGCGAGUUAAUGGCGACAACAUAGGUUAUCAUAGAUUGUUGAUGGUGACAACAUUGGUUAUCAUAGAGUGUUGAUGGUGACAACAUUGGUUAUCCUAGCGUGUUAAUGGUGACAGCAUUGGUUAUCCUAGCGUGUUGAUGGUGACAACAUUGGUUAUCACAGAGUGUUGAUGGUGACAACAUUGGUUAUCCUAGCGUGUUGAUGGUGACAACAUUGGUUAUCCUAGCGAGUUAAUGGCGACAACAUAGGUUAUCAUAGAGUGUUGAUGAUGACAACAUUGGUUAUCCUAGCGAGUUAAUGGCGACAACAUAGGUUAUCUUAGAGUGUUGAUUGUAACAACAUUAUAGGUUAUCCUAGCGUGUUGAUGGUGACAACAUUGGUUAUCCUAGCGUGUUGAUGGUGACAACAUUGGUUAUCCUAGCGUGUUGAUGGUGACAACAUUGGUUAUCCUGGCGUGUU